CUUUAGUUUAAAGUAAUCACAACAAGAAUUAAUUAGUGAAAUGAAUGUUAACGUCAAGGAAAGACUUUGUCAAGUGUGUGGCGAAAGUAAACAAAUAGGUAGAAAUUUUUGUGCCUUUACCUGCGAAUCGUGUAAAGCAUUUUUCCGGAGAACUGCGCUCAAGACUAUACAAUUACACUGCGCUUCAAACGGCAAAUGUGAGAUCAAUGUACAGACGAGACGAUUGUGUCCGAAGUGUAGACUUAAAAAGAUUUCAUACGAAGUGAAACGGAUAACAAAAUUCGCAGACAAUUGAUGAUUGAAAAGAAAAUGAAAAAACUAUUGCAAGACAUGAGCGCAUAUUCUGGCGAUUCUUCGGAC